CCCAGCUGGGCCAGGGCUGACAAACUAGGGCUCGACCUCUGCCCAUAGUGGUCACCACUCCUCAAGGCUCAGCCAGCACCAUGAGUGGCCGAGUUGGAGACCUGAGCCCCAAACAGGCAGAGACCCUGGCCAAGUUCCAAGAAAAUGUCCAUGAUGUGCUGCCUGCCCUGCCCAACCCUGAUGAUUACUUCCUUCUGCGUUGGCUCCGAGCUCGGAAUUUUGAUCUGCAGAAAUCGGAGGCCAUGCUCCGCAAGUACAUGGAGUUCCGGAAGAUCAUGGACAUUGACCACAUCCUUGAUUGGCAACCCCCAGAGGUGAUCCAAAAAUACAUGCCUGGGGGCCUGUGUGGCUAUGACCGUGAUGGGUGCCCUGUGUGGUAUGACAUCAUUGGGCCACUAGACCCCAAGGGGCUGCUUUUCUCCGUCACCAAGCAGGACCUGCUCAAGACCAAGAUGAGGGACUGUGAGCGCAUCCUGCAUGAGUGUGACCUGCAGACAGAGCGGCUGGGGAAGAAGAUUGAGACCAUCGUGAUGAUAUUUGACUGUGAGGGCCUAGGGCUGAAACACUUUUGGAAACCUCUGGUGGAAGUGUACCAGGAGUUCUUUGGCCUCCUUGAAGAGAACUACCCAGAGACUCUGAAGUUUAUGCUUAUUGUGAAAGCCACCAAACUGUUCCCUGUGGGUUACAACCUCAUGAAACCAUUCCUGAGUGAGGACACUCGCAGAAAAAUAGUAGUGUUGGGAAAUAACUGGAAGGAAGGUUUGCUGAAACUCAUCAGCCCUGAGGAACUGCCUGCCCAGUUUGGGGGGACCCUGACUGACCCAGAUGGGAACCCCAAAUGUUUAAGCAAGAUCAACUAUGGUGGGGAGAUCCCCAAGUCCAUGUAUGUGCGGGACCAGGUGAAGACACAGUACGAAAACUCAGUGCAGAUCAACCGUGGCUCCUCCCACCAAGUAGAGUACGAGAUCCUGUUUCCAGGCUGUGUCCUCAGAUGGCAGUUUGCAUCAGAUGGUGGGGACAUUGGCUUUGGAGUUUUCCUGAAGACCAAGAUGGGGGAGCGGCAGAGGGCUGGGGAAAUGACAGAGGUGCUGCCCAGCCAGCGCUGCAAUGCCCACAUGGUGCCUGAGGAUGGGAGUCUCACCUGCUCAGAAGCUGGUGUCUAUGUCCUGCGCUUUGACAACACCUAUAGCUUUGUCCACGCCAAGAAGGUCAGCUUCACAGUGGAGGUACUGCUUCCAGAUGAGGGGAUGCAGAAAUAUGAGGAGGAGCUAACCCCUGUCUAGGUGGCUCCCUCAAUUCUUAGAGACCCCAGGACCCUCUGCUUUCUCUCUAUAUAUCCUAUCCUCCCCACCUCUGAAAUUGAUCUUUAAUCUUUCUGUGUCUGUAAUGUUAGUGAGUACAUAAAGAGCUUCCCUGGGGAAGACUCAGCUGCUGUGGAAAGGCAUUAGAGGCACAGCCUUGGAGAGCAGCAAGGCUGCAGAAGAGAAAAAAAAGCAAGGGUAAAGGCAAGAGGUGUAUGCCACUGAAACUCAAGAAAUAGGAAAAUGAAUCUCUCAUCCUUUGUCCUCAUCUCCAGUAAGGCUUUUGCAUGUGCUUGAAUUCCUUCCCUGUGACCUGUGAGCAACUUGGGUUGGAGAUAUAUCUAAGUCCUUUUUACUUCCACUCCUUAUAUAGUUGAUGCUGAGUGCAUACUUACAGAGUUGAAAGGGGAGGGAGCAGUGAUGCAUGGGCAUGUGGGAGGAGGAGCUAAUGUGGGGUGGGUUUGAGCACCUUGGACUGGGGCUUGAGGCAUGGCUGGGAUGGACUGUCCUGAAGAUCCAGUCCAUCCAGCCUCCAGAAAGGCCACAUGCCUCUGACAGGAGAUGCCCGCACCAGACUUUGUCUGACUUGCAGCACUCAGGUUGCCCCAUCUAUCACCUCCACCUAC